UUUCUCUCUCUCUCUCUCUCUCUCUCUCUCUCUCUCUCUCUCUCUGCCCUUCCCUUCUUCCUUCCCUUUCUCCACAGGGUUCGACUCAACCCAAGGCCUUCAAGAGGAAAAUCUCCGUCGUCUCAUCCUCCGUGACCAAAGGGCCAGUUGCCACAAACAGUGACACCGAAGGAAGCCAGCCGGCGGGCCGCAAACGGCGCUGGGGCGCCAGCACCGCCACGACCCAGAAGAAACCUUCGAUCAGCAUCACCACCGAAUCCCUCAAGAGCCUGAUCCCAGAGAUUAAGCCACCGCUAGGAGGUCAGGAAGCUGUGGUGGACCUUCACGCCGACGACUCCCGCAUCUCCGAAGACGAAGCCGAGCGCCACUUGGAAGAGCCAGCUCACGAGAAAGCGCUCAAGAUCUGCCGUACCGUCACGCAGGUGGUCCCGGUUGAAGGGCAAGAGAACGGCCAAGGGGAGGAAGAGGAAGAGGAAGAAGAGGAGGAGAAGGUCCACGAGGAAGAACAGCCGGAGUCGGCGCCCGUUAUCGCUGUAGAGACGGUGGUUCUGCCUCCCCCCGUAGAGCAUGAAGUCAAAAAAGUCACACUGAGCGACACCCUCACCCGGCGGUCCAUCAGCCAGCAACGUUCCGGAGUCUCCAUCACCAUCGAUGACCCCGUCCGCACGGUCCAGGUCCCCUCCCCACCACGGGGCAAGAUCAGCUGUAUCGUUCACAUCUGCAACCUGGUGAGGCCCUUCACCCUGGGGCAACUAAAGGAGCUGCUGGGCCGGACGGGCACCCUGGUGGAAGAGGCGUUUUGGAUCGACAAGAUCAAAUCGCACUGCUACGUCACAUAUUCGACAGUGGAAGAAGCCGUCGCGACACGAAACGCCCUCCACGGGGUCAAGUGGCCCCAGUCUAACCCCAAGUUUUUAUCCGCUGAUUUCGUGGAGCAGAAUGAGCUGGAUUUCCAUCGCGGUCUUCUGGCCGAACGUCCCGCAGAGGCCAAGGCAGACGAAGCGCCCACCUUCCCCGGGGUGGGCCCGACCACGCGAGGGGAAAGGGAGCUGUCCCGGCGCUCAGAGGCACGGGAGCGGGAGGCGGCUGUGCGGGAGCAGUGGGCCGAACGGGAGCGAGAGAUGGAGCGCCGGGAGAGGACCCUGGCGGAGCGUGAAUGGGAUCGGGACAAAGUGCGCGAGGGCCCCCGCUCUCGCUCCCGGUCCCGAGAGAGACGCCGCAAGGAGCGACCUAAAUCGAAGGAGAAGAAAGCAGAGAAGAAAGAAAAGGCCCAGGAAGAACCUCCGGCUAAACUUCUCGACGAUCUAUUCCGAAAAACCAAGGCAGCCCCCUGCAUUUAUUGGUUACCCCUCACGGACAUUCAGUGUGUCCAGAAACAGGCCGAGCGAGCGGCUCGGGCUCGUGAACGAGAACGCCGGCGCAAAGAACUGGAAGCUGAGGAAGCCCGUCAGCGGGAACGCAACCGCCAAGCCGAGCGGGACAAGCGGCGGGAACACAGCAGAGAGCGAGAACGCGAGCGUCCCAAUGCCACCAGCGGCGGUGGGGCCAGUCGAGCGGGCGAACGCAGCAGCCGAGGAGACCGCGAACGGCGCGAAGCCAAAAGCCGCCACAGCCGGAGUCGGAGUCGGAGCACGCCUGUACAGGACAGAGGGGGGCGCCGCUGAGCUAUUCCCCAGCCUUUCUUUUGACCUUCGGGCGGGGGGAGGAGUUGGUGGUGGGGGCACUUUCCCCGAAAUCGAGCUCCUGAGUUUUGCAGGCGAGGAGGAACGAGGGGGAGUGAGUUUCUUUGCCCACUGCUGGAAGGGCCGAGAGGGGUCCGGCGUGGCUGGCAGGCAGCCGAAGUGGUAGGGCUCUCCCCCCUCCCUCCCCCUAACAUGGGGAUAAGUUUGAUUCCCGGCCCCUCCUGCUCCCCUCUUCUGGAGCCACUGUCCUUCCCGUUGAUUUGUAUUUUAUUUUGGGAAAAUGUUUUUUUUUUAUUCUUCUGAUGAUACAGGAAAGAGAGCAUAAUAAAGAGAUGGCGUUAGUUUUAAA